AUGUCUGAAAACCAGCCUCUUCCUGAGAAUUUCAAAGGACUCAUUGAUAAAUAUAAGUUUUAUAUUGAUGCAAUUGAUGCCCUCUAUCGUCUGAAGACUAGAAAUGAGGAAGAAGUAAAUGAUGUUUAUAAAAUUGUCAAAACAAAUCUUAUUGAUUCAAACAUCUAUACUCCAAAAGAUAUUAUCAAAAUAAUAAAUAACGUGAUUCAAUACCGAUUUGGCUAUCUUAAGUCAUUUUUGAUCUUAGGUAAAAAGUUUGACGAAAAUUACACGAUUAAACAAGAUCUAUUGGCCAUCCAUGAAGAACAAUCUAUUCACAGAGCAAUUAUCUAUGAUGAUAUAAAGUCAUUUAUAUCAUUUACAGAAAUGAAUGGUUUUAAUAAAAAUCAAAUGAUUAAAAACACUUUUAAUUCACCUUCAACUGAUGACGGUUAUUCAUUACUCGAACUAUGCUGUUAUCAUGGUGCAGUUAAUUGUUUUAAGUUUUUAAGAACAAAAUUCGACUCAAAAAUCACUUUUCUUUGUCUUCAAUUUUCAUUUUUAGGAGGAAAUCCAGAUAUAAUGAGUGAAUGCUUGAAAUCACAAAAGCCAAAUUUUGGUAGCAUGACAUAUGCUCUUAUUUCGCAUAACAUUGAUUUUGUUACAUUUUUGAUUAAUGAAUACAAACUCAAGAUAAUUUUAAAUCCUUGUGUUCAAAAUCAUAAUCUUCAAUCAUUUUUAGUUCAUUUGGAACUUACAAAAGAUAUUAAUAAUUGUUUACUUUUUUCACCAAUUUUGAACAUUCCAUCUCUUUGCGAAGACUUACUUUCUCUAGGUGCAGAUGUCAAUUUCAAAGAUCGAUACGGAUUUACAGCACUUCAUAAUGCUGUCAAAAAUAACAGAAAAGAAAUAAUUGAACUUCUUAUUUCUCGUGGUGCUGAUAUCAAUGUAAAGAAUGGUUCCUAUGCAUCUCUUCUUCAUUUAGCAGCCAGAGAAAAUUAUAAAGAAGCAGCAGAAGUACUUCUUGAUCACAAUGCAGAUAUUAAUGCACUUGAUAGCCAUAAAUAUACACCUGUUCAUAUUGCAAAAAUAAAUAACAGUAAAGAAGUAUUAGAACUUCUUAUUUCUCGUGGUGCAGAACCUACAACAAAGUAA